CAUGCGAAAAGUGAUGAAAAGCGACGAUCUCGCCGACCGCCGAGUGUGUGUGUCAUAAUAUCAUUAAUAAAAAUAUAAAACAAUAAUCGUCGGUGGUGUUGGCUGCUGUGUGGCAACAUCACAAUUGCACUUCCAUCUCGCCGAGAUCAACUGAAACCAGAAAUCUGAACCAGAACCCAGCAGUCACCUCUGAUGCGUGCCUACGAGCGGUGCGAUCGGUGAGGCUUUCCUGCUUUUCUUCCUUAUUUUUCCUUUUUUUUUUUACGUGUGUGUGUGAGUGUCCGAGUGGCGGAAAAGUGUCGGGAAAAUGAACGUGGAGGAGUUGAGAGCCAAUCUGCAGAGCUUCGGCUGGCUGGACUAUCUGGUCUUCUGCCUGAUGUUGGCUAUUUGCGCCGUGAUUGGAAUCCAUUUCUGUUUGCAGCUGCGAAGGGAGUCCAAAAAACAAAAGUCUCAUGGUUCCGAGGAGGCGGCUAAUAGUGCUGCCUCAUAUUUGGUAGGUGGCAGGCAGAUGAAGAUCUUCCCCAUCACUAUGUCAUUAAUAUCCAGCUUUAUAUCUGGCAUUACGCUUCUGGGAACUCCGACGGAGGUUUAUCUCUAUGGUGCUCAGUACAUGUACAUUAUGGGAUCUCUGGUUUUAAUGGGCUUUUGCAUGUACUACUUCUUUCUGCCGGUGUUCCACGAACUAAAUUUGAUUUCCACCUAUAAGUACUUGGAACAGCGCUAUAACAGAAGUUUGAGGCUUUUUGGUUCCGUAAUGUUUAUUGUGGCAUCGCUCCUUUGGCUUCCGAUCGUGAUUUAUGUGCCAGCUAUAGCUUUCAAUCAGGCGACCGGAGUGAAUAUCCACAUAGUGACGCCGAUUGUGUGUGUGGUUUGCAUAUUUUACACCUGCAUCGGAGGUCUGAAGGCGGUGGUUUGGACCGACGUGGUCCAAACUCUGAUCAUGUUUGGUGCCAUGGCCCUGGUUUUGGUGAAGGGAACCCUGGACAUCGGAGGACCCGGAGUCGUGUUGCAAAGGGCCAGGGAAACGGCGCGCUUGGAGAGUCCAAACUUCAGUGCGGAUCUCACGGAGCGGUACACGUUCUACUCCCUGGUUUUGGGCGGUGUCGCCCACUGGCUCAAGUCGAAUGCGAUCAGCCAGAACAUGAUCCAGAGAUACUUGUCGCUGCCGACGUUGCGAGAUGCACGAAUCGCCAUUUGGACAUUCAUUGCCGGUGUGUUGGCCUUCCUGCUGAUUUGUGGCUAUACGGGUCUCUUGAUUUACGCCACCUAUGCACAGUGCGAUCCUUUGGAAACCAAAUUGGCCCAGCGAAACGAUCAACUGCUGCCGCUUUUGGUGAUGGAAACCUUGGGCGCCUAUCCGGGAUUACCGGGAGUUUUUGUUGCCGGCGUUUUCAGUGCCGCUCUGUCUUCGUUGUCGACCGGGUUGAACUCUCUUUCCGCAGUGGUUCUCGAAGAUUUUGUAAAGACCUCCAGGAAGACGCCCCUGAGCGAAGGGCAAACAGCUUUCGUAAUGCGAAGUGUGGUUGUGGUCUUUGGAUUUAUUUUCGUGGCACUCGUCUUUGCCGUGGAAAAACUCGGUGCCGUUUUGCAGCUGACCAUCACAUUGUCUUCGGUGGCGAAUGGACCGCUGUUGGGCAUUUUCACAGCCGGCGUUAUGCUGCCCUGGGUUAACUCGAAGGGAGCUCUGCUCGGCGGGUUCACCUCGCUGGUGGUCAUGGCGUGGAUGUGCGUGAGUGCCCAGCGGGAUCUGGUCACCGGGGAUCUCGUCUACAAGCGGAAGCCCUACUCAACGAUGGGCUGCAACUACACGUUCGCCGGUGAGCCAAGGGAGUUUGCCCACCUGGCUUUGGAUGCUGGUUUUAGCUCCAGCCCGAGUGGUCCCUUCCAGCUGCACCGGAUCUCGUACCUCUACUUUACGCUCUUUGGAGCCCUGGUAACCAUCGUUGUGGCCUUGGUCACGAGUCUCCUGCUCAAGGAGUCGGACUUGGAUGGCGUGGACACCCGCUUACUCACGCCGUUCGUGAGGCGUUGGCUGGAGCGACGUCGCCACCGAAGAUCGGAGAUUCCGGAUCCUGGACAGAAGAGCAGGAACAGGCAGGAGACGAAAACGUGAAGGGGAUUACACCGGCGGUCAAAGUUAAGAGACGGAGACGGAGACGGAGACGGAGAAGGCUGACCGGCAUCAUCCUGGCAAUGUUCCUUUCGGUAGCUUAGCAAAUAUUUAAAAUAAAACACAA